UCUGAUCUCCAAAAGCUGCUCUCACACUCUUCUUUCUCUCAGUGUGUGAAUAAAGAAAAAUGACUGAAGCCAGGAUUUUAGAUCACUUAUCAGUGGAUCAAUUCACCUGUUCAGUGUGUCUGGAUCUCCUGAAGGAUCCAGUGACGAUUCCCUGUGGUCACAGUUUCUGUAAGAUGUGUAUUAAUGACUGCUGGGAUAAGGAAGAUGAAAAGGGGGUUUAUAGCUGUCCCCAGUGUAGAGACACUUUCACACCCAGGUCUGUUCUACGCAGAAACAACAUGCUGGCUGAACUGAUGGAGAAACUGGGGAAAGCUGGAGUCCGAGCUGCUUCUCCUACUCACUUUUACGCUGGACCUGGAGAUGUGGAGUGUGAAAUCUGCACCGGAAGAAAACACAAAGCCCUUAAGUCCUGUCUGAUGUGUCUGACCUCCUUUUGUGAAACCCAUCUUAAACAUCAUCUUGAAAUUCCAGGUUUGAAAAAGCACACCUUAGUUGAAGCCUCAUCAAAUCUCCAGGAGAAGAUCUGCUCUCAACACGGAAAACCAAUCGAGAUCUACUGUCGUACUGACCAGAUCUGUAUUUGUUCUUUGUGUAUGUUGGAUAAUCACAAAGUUCAUGACAUGGUAUCAAUUUCAGCAGAAAGAACUGAGAAGCAGAGGGAGCUAAAGGCUGAGCAGAUGAAAUCCCACCAGAGAAUCCAGCAGAAGCAGAAGAAAGUGGAUGAGCUGAAACAGGCUGUGAUCACCAUUAAGUCCUGUGCUCAGACAGUAGUGGAGGACAGUGAGAGGAUCUUUACUGAGAUGAUCAGUACUAUAGAGAAAAAGCGCUCAGAGGUAACUGAGAUGAUCAGAGCUCAGAAGAAGACUGAACUAAGUCGUGUUGAACAACUUCUGGAUCAACUGGAGCAGGAGAUCAUUGAUCUUAAGAAGAGAGUCAGUGAGCAGGAGCAGCUUUUACAUACACAAGAUCAUGUCCACUUCAUUCAGAGAUUUCAGUCCAUCUGUGUCUCUUCUGGAUGUGAGGAUUCACCCUGCAUCACUGUACAUCAACAUCACUCAUUGGAUGAAGUGAGGAAUUUUCUCUCAGAUUUGAAAAAACAAUUUAAGAGCUUCUGUGAGGAGGAAUUCAACAAAAUCCCUACAUAUUCAACAGCAGUGAAUAUUAUUCCACUCUCAGAGCCAAAGAGUAGAGAGGAUUUUCUGAAAUAUUUCUUUUAUCUGAGCCUGGAUCCUAACACAGCAAAUAAAUUUCUCCAGUUGUCUGAAAAAAAUAGAGUGGUGAUUCGCAGUGAGAGAGAGCAAUCGGUCCCUGAUCAUCCAGAGAGAUUCAGCAUCUACAGACAGGUGUUGUGUAAGGAAAGUGUGUGUGGUGGACGCUGUUACUGGGAGGUGGAGUGGAGCAAUGUUAAAAGUAAUAGAGAUGUGCACAUCUCAGUCUCGUAUAAAGACAUCAGCAGAAAGGGACGGGGUAAAGAGUGCGAGUUUGGACGCAACAGCCAGUCCUGGAGUUUGUGCUGUUCUUCUUCCUCUUUCUCUUUCUGUCACAACAACAUUGAAACUAAGCUCGAAAUUCCAUCAUCCUCUACAAUAGGAGUUUACGUGGAUCACAGUGCAGGAGCUCUGUCCUUCUACAGCGUCUUUGACACGAUGAGGCUCCUCCACAGAGUCCACAGCACAUUCACUCAGCCUCUAUAUGCUGGUUUUGGGCUGGGAUCACACUCAGCAGUGAGUUUGUGUAAGCCAAAAUAGAAUGAAAAAUUCCUGCUUAUUUCCUCACUGUUUAAUCAUGAUUAAAACAUUUUCAUUAACCAAGUAAACAUUAAAAGUCUUGAAGGCAUGUUUUGUUGUUUCUAACAUAUUUAUAAUGUUAUGUAAAUUGAUUUGUUUGGUUGUGUUCACGU